UGAGGCAGUACGACUUAACGGCGGGUCGGACGAAGUUUUUAUUUUCAGAAUCAUUUAGAAUGUAUGUCAACAGAAUGUUAAACCGAACGGGGUUCGCAUACGAGUCGUGCUAGCGAUGAUUGCGUUUGACGUUUUAAAUACUAGUACCAGAGAUUCCAAUGAAAGUCGAGUGAUUCCUCCCUGAAUGUUCUCUAUUAAAUAAUUUUAGGUUAAAUAUGGAAAGCAACAAAACUACAGAUCUCGAGUUCAUUUACGAUGACACCGAUACACACACCAACGAGAUCGCCGAGCUGUACAGUUACACAGAACAAUAUGAGUUACAACUUAAUCUUAAGGCAUUUGAGGAUCAGAUGGAGUGGUACAAGCUGCGGCCGUGGUGGCAAAACUUGACUAGGCCGCAACAAAAAUCGGUAGUCUAUAAAUUGCUGGAUCAGCUGGAGGUCUCCAACAAGCAGCUCAGAAUGAAGGCGGCGCGAUGUAUCCUUUAUCUAGCUCAGGGUUGUUGGGCUGAGGUACAAUCUGACAAGGAACAACAAGACUGGAGUAGAACAAAUGUAAUGUUACUCUACGAAGCUGGCAUUUUUCCAGCGUUUGUUGAACUGCUAAACAUUGAGAUCGAAAAUAGCACAACUGCUACCUCGGCAAUGAGAAAGCUAGCUGUUAGCCUCGCCGAUUCGAUAGACCUAAGAGUCAUUCUGUCCGUUUUGUAUAUUAUGACAGAAGUCAUGAGAGAGGAAUUGAAAGACAUCGAGCACAGCGAAUACAAAAGUAACGUUGAAGCUUUCAAAGAGGAUCUCGUAAAUCCAUACGGGGAAGAUAUAUUAAUCGUCAAGCUUCUGAGCAUGGUAACGUGCUUCUGUAGCGGCUCCGCGCCACAUUUUCCCAUGAAGAAGGUUCUCUUGCUCCUGUGGAAGCUGAUCUUAGUUUCUCUCGGUGGUAUCGACACGCUCAGAGAGUUGAAGAAGCAAUAUCGCGAGGAGGCUGGUCUCGACACGCAGCAGGAAGACACGAUCGAAGUCGCCAGAACGAUGCGGGCCAGCUCGCCGCCUAUGAGUGCAGCGGACUUACUAGAAACGCAAAAUCAGAAGAGAAACAAUCGACCUUUUCGACGGAGUCUAAUGAAGCAGAGCUCGUUAGAUGAUCCGGGUUUGGGUAUGGAGUACGAGGGAGGCGAGCCCUCAAACAACGUCACGACGAAUGAAGGGGACGGCGAAAUCAUUUUCUUUCUCGGCCCCAGCGGACCCGGUGGCUGGAACCAAACCUAUUACGAAGACCAGAAUAAUCAGUCACAGUUAAGGCCGAGCACUCCGCAGCUCAUAAAGGGAAAAGGUUUGCCAUGGACGCCGAAGGUGAGACAGAAGGACGUCGAUUCCUUUCUCGAUGUUGCCAGAUUGAAAUUUGUCGGUUACAAAUUGCAAGGGGAUAGAGAGAGUCUAGCGGGUUUGCCGCAACCGAUCCACGAAGGCGUCACUACUCUUAAGAAGCACAUGUACACGUCCCUAGCGGAAAUUCAGAUACGAAAAGAAGAGGAAAUAGCGCGAAAUCCAAUGAGCACGUCGGAACCACCGCUUCGCCAAACGCCGACGGAAAUUCUUUAUCAAGCCAUAUUACCAAAUUUGCCACAGUACAUGAUAGCACUGUUGAAAAUAUUGCUUGCUGCUGCGCCGACUAGUAAAGCGAAGACGGAUAGUAUCAACAUCUUAGCUGACGUGUUGCCGGAAGAAAUGCCGAUGACGGUACUGCAAUCAAUGAAACUAGGCAUCGACGUCAACCGACACAAGGAGAUAAUCGUUAAAGCCGUUUCCGCAAUUUUGUUAUUAUUGCUCAAGCAUUUCAAGCUAAAUCACGUGUAUCAAUUCGAAUUUAUGUCGCAGCACUUAGUAUUCGCCAAUUGCAUACCUCUUGUACUAAAGUUUUUAAACCAGAAUAUCAUAGCUUAUAUUGAAGCGAAGAACGUUAUUCCAAUUUUGGAUUUUCCCAUGUGCGUCAUUGGCGAUCAGCCAGAGCUGACCACCGAGAGUCUCGAGAUCGGUCACACCCAGACCUUUUCUUGGAGAAAUGUUUUCUCCUGCAUUAAUUUGCUGCGAAUCCUGAACAAAUUAACCAAAUGGAAACACAGUAGAAUAAUGAUGUUAGUCGUUUUCAAAUCGGCACCGAUUCUAAAACGUACACUGAAAGUGAGACACGCGAUGAUGCAGCUGUACGUUCUAAAAUUACUGAAAAUGCAGACGAAGUAUCUCGGCCGACAGUGGAGAAAGACGAACAUGAAGACGAUUAGCGUGAUCUAUGCGAAGGUUCGACAUCGCUUGAACGACGACUGGGCAUACGGCAAUGAUUUAGAGGCGCGGCCAUGGGAUUUUCAAGUGGAGGAAUGCGAGUUGCGCACGUGCGUCGAUCAGUUCAAUAAUCGAAGAUACUCGAACAGCCCGCGUGACGAGGAGAUGGAACCCGUGGACGCAUCGGUCACGUCCGUGCUCGGCGCGAAUGUGGAGCUGACCGAGGAGUUCAAGCAACACUACGAACUGUGGCUGCAGCAGGAGGUAUUCGAGAGGAGCAUCAAUUGGGACGAACUGUUGGAUCCCGCGGCGUGUGAGAUCUAAAUUUCCUACAUAGAAAUCGUAUUUUCCGAUUAAUUAAAUCCGAGAGCUGGAUCUGAGCUGAACGAUGAGACGUUUUUACGAGUUACAUAGUUUCACCGCUGUGAAAAGUGUUCAAACGAGGAGAAAGAAGAAGGAACAACAUUGCCAUAUCGACACUGAAAUCUCGAGGUUGCAUUUGGUUCACGCGGUGAAUGGUCCUAAUAUCUAGGAAACACUUAACGACAUUUCCGGCGAAAUGUCUUCUCAAUUUUUUUGGUAUUUCCUUUGUGCAAUGCGAAACUUAGUAUAGUCAUUUUUUUUAAUCACUAGAUAAAACCACCAACGUUUUAUUAUAAAUAAAUGUAUCAUCUUCUCUUACGUUUGACUGCUGAAGUUUAGCGCACAUUUUAAUCAGACGCAUUGAUUUUCUUCCAUUAAGAGGCGAUUAUCCGAAUUUCCGUAAAUCAAGCUGCUGCAAUACCGUAACAUAAUUUACAGGCAUGUAUCAACGCGUCAAAAUCAAUUUCCUACAUUUUGUAUGUUUUUUACAUGUCCCAGGCUCCUUCUAUCACAAUAAUGAUCGCAGUGAACUUCGCGGAAGCAUCUUGAUGUACAUGUGCAGGGGCUAUCUUUCCCCCAGCCUGCACCAUUUGAUAAUACGGAAUAUAUAUACAUAUAACUAUUAACAUGUAUGAAUUAUGUAUAUCCUCGGUUCAUCGUUAAUCAUGACAUCAAUUUGUAUCUAUAUAUUCAUGUAUAGCUGGUCUUAUUAUAAGAGAGAGAGAGAGAGAGAGAGAGAGAGAGAGAGAGAGAGAGAGCUGAAUGGCGGAGUUAUGGGCAAACCGCAGAACGUGGCGCUGUACAAGAUGCAAGAUAAUCGGUUACCGCUCAUCUAUACUUAGAGUAAGGGUUUUUCACAGUGAUAGAUAUUACACAGCAGUUACAGCAGUUCAACGUUCUCUUAUUUAUUUAUAUAGUCUCGUAACUGAAUAAUCAUACGCAAAUCUCUAGUGCUGUAUAAUUUAUGUUAUUGAAAAUACUUGUACAGAGUAUAUCGCGAUUGGCACCAAACUGUUUCGAUUGUCAAGAUUUAAUAAAACCAAUCUAAAUAUA